AUGUUGACAGUUCAAGGUGCACCUCCAUCUCGCACGAUUGCUGUCGAAGUCGCCGUGAAUAUUGCUGGCGCUGCCUUACGAAAGAGGUCAGGUAUCAUGAGAGGCCAGUCUCGCGUCAAUGAAGAAGAGAGAAAGGAAAUUGUGAGACAUGCCACGCGUUGGCUUGAGCACGGGUUCGAUCCAUAUGCCCGCUUGAUUAAGGAUACUGGCAAUGCAUACCGUAUCUUGAACCCGGGAGACACUACACUACGGCGUGAAAAUCUCAACGUGACAUGGCAAACGAGUUUCUUGAUGGCCAACAAGGAGCUCUCGGAACUUUUCAACAAAAAGAAAGUGGAAAGAGAUCCGGAAAAGCUGCAGAAGCUGCCCAAAGUACACCAAACAGAUAGUGCACAAAAUUUCUUUUCGACAUAUCAAGAGUUCAAAGGCCAAAACUCGAUUCUUGAUGAGGAUGUCUACGCUUUGGAAGAAGCUGCAUACCAGACCUCUAUAUAUAAAAGGGGAAAUAUGGUUUUUCCUCGGCCGAAAAAACAGGACAAAGGAGAAGAGAGACAAUUUUCCUCUGUGAUUCACUGUUGCUCAUCUCGAGGGGAGCAUUUGCUUCCAUAUAUUGUAUGCAGGAGUAAGGAUCCUCCACAAACAAAAACCUAUAAGACAAUGCAGAUUGCCUCAAACGAGACUGGAUGGAGUGAGCAGGCACAUACUCUUGAUUGGCUGAGAACUGUGUUUGAACCCAAAACCCGGCCUCAGGAAAGUUGUGAUGGGUCAUUCCCAUGGAGAAUUCUGCUGGUGUCUCGUCGCUUUGGUGUGCGUCCAGAAUUCGAACAAUAUUGCUGGAAGAGGAAUAUCCUUUGUCUUCAAUUUCCUGACAAUGAUCAGAAGUUCUUUAAUCCAAUGUGGAACAUUAUUUUUGAAGCAAUGAAACAGAACUACACCGAUACCAUGUUGCAAAAGCUUCUCAACAAGCCAAAUAUUGCAAUGGGAGUGGAAUACUUUGCUAGAUGGAUACAGGCCGAAGUCAAUUCAUCUAAGCGAAAAGCAGAAGCGACGGACCGCUGGCUUGAGAGCUGUCUCAUCCCGGCAGACGAGCGUCGUUUCCGCAACCAUUUGCAAGGGAAAAGAGCGACAGCUAUGCCAGAUGAAACAGACUGGAAUACGAGUAGAGAGCUCAGACCGUCUCGCACCCGCUCUGAAAGUUCUAUGACCCAGACGCCCCGGACGUCAUGUAGCCCCAUGGCACGAUCCACACCUCGGACCAGUGUGCCUCUUCCGAUUCUUCCAACGACCGAGAUAGAGAAGCGAGAUGAAAGUGAGGAACAAUCAGACCUACAGCUUCAUGAGAACCUCCAGGAUAAUCUUGUCUCUUCGAGCAUGGAUUACACUGAGAGCGACAGCGCAUCGAACAGUGAAAGCGGCACCCCAGUUUUCCAUGUGUCCCAGUCGGUGACUCCAUCGAGAACUUCGCGAAGACCGAGAAUCACUCCGAAGACUCCCAAGUCCGCUCUAUCCAAAGUCACAGACCUUGAAUCGCAUGCUUUGGUCAUGUCUGCCGACCAGCAUAUCAAAGCCUUGGAUGGUUGCAUUGAGGGAACGCCUUGCACACAAAAAAGAUUCCGAGAUGAUUUGAUUCUGGACCGCGGUGGGCUAGAGAAAGAAAACGCCCGUCUUAAAGCCCAGCUUGAUAUUCUCAGGAAUUUCAUGCCGGCUAAGAAGCAGAGGACUGAGUGA